ACAGACGAAGAUAAAGGGAAGAAGAGGAGACGAGUAGUGUCGUUACUACUGUAUUUAUUUAAAAUUAGAAGACGGAGGAUCAUGUUUGUUCCCUUGCCGGUGCCGUUCGUCUUUCAGAGAACUGUUCCCGACCUCAACGCCUGGUGUCUCAAGUCCUCUCUGGCUCUGCGGUCCAACUCCGAUAUCAGGAUGUCAAAGCCAGUGGAGGCAGAGAAACCUGGGGUUGACUUUCCAGUGGAGAGCACAGACUCAGAGAGGAAUGGCCCUGACUUUAACCACCAGGCUCAGCCAAUGAAAAUAUCCCCCUUCUCCCUCGCUUCUUCUCUGGGUAACACCAAGGGCAAAAUGGAGGAGUGCGGUGAGAUGUCACCUGGCCCCGCCCACACCCCCGCCCCCUCGCAGAGCACCCUCCCCCACACGCAGCUCAUGGUGGCCGGGAGUCAGCUGGCUGGGCUGACCGCCCUCCUGCCCGCGCAGCAGCAGCUCCUGCUGCAGCAGGCCCAGGCUCAGCUCCUGGCUGCAGCCGUGCAGCAGUCCAGCGCAGCUCACGCAGCCCAAGCAGCUCAGGCAGCCGCAGCAGCCAAUCAGCAGCAGCCAUCUGCGCAGUCUCAGUCGCAGCCGCACGCCACGCAGGAGCAAACGGGCACCCCGCCCCCGCCCCAGCCCCCGCCCCAGCUCACCCUCUCACAGGCCAUUCAGCUCACAGCGCAGGACAUCCAACAGCUGUUGCAGCUGCAGCAGUUGGUCCUGGUGCCUGGACACCCCCUGCAGUCGCCUGCGCAGUUCCUCCUGCCCCAGGCACAGCAAGGGCAUCACGGCCUGCUAUCAACACCAAAUUUAAUACCGCUACCUCAGCAAAACCAAGGGGGCCUGCUAUCCACUCCCCCCAGACUGGGGCUCCAAGCACAGGUAAGAUCUGAAGGAAAGCUCCAGGCUUCUGGCCCACAAACUCUUCUAGACAAGGGUGUUGAUAGCGGCGCCACGUUCGCGAGCUCCGUGACCUCUCACCCGGAGGAGCCCAGCGACCUGGAGGAGCUGGAGCAGUUCGCACGCACCUUCAAGCAGAGAAGGAUAAAGCUGGGCUUCACACAGGGGGACGUGGGAAUGGCCAUGGGAAAGCUGUACGGUAACGACUUCAGCCAGACCACCAUCUCACGCUUCGAGGCUCUGAACCUCAGCUUCAAGAACAUGUGCAAGCUGAAGCCCCUGCUGGAGAAGUGGCUGACUGACGCAGAGACCAUGGCCAUGGACUGCAACCUCCCCAGCCCCAGCUCGCUGUCCUCUCCCUCGCUGAGCUUCGAGGGGCUGCCCUCCCGCCGCAGGAAGAAACGCACCAGCAUCGAGACCAACGUCCGCGUGGCCUUAGAGCGCAACUUCAUCACGAACCAGAAGCCUACCUCCGAGGAGAUCCUGCAGAUGGCGGAGCGGCUGAAUAUGGAGAAGGAGGUGAUCCGGGUCUGGUUCUGCAACCGGCGCCAGAAAGAGAAACGCAUCAACCCCUCCAGCGCCACCACCCCCCCCUUGCCCAGCCAGCCCCCCCCUGUGACGCACAAACCCCCCUGCUACAGCCCGCACAUGAUGUCCAGUCAGGGACUGUCCCCAGCUGUCACCAGCCUCAGCACGACAGUGACCACGACUUCGUCAGCAAAUUGUCCCCUGACACCGAGCAGCCCAGCGGUCCUCGGCUCCGCCCCUUCUCCGGUGACCCCACCCCCUUGCAGCACAGCCAGUCCCGCCCCGCCCAGCCACAGUGCCCUGAAUCUCAACCCAAGGAACACAGCGAUGGGGGUAAACACGGGGAUGAACCAAGCUCUCCUCAGCAGCAACCCCCUGGCUACUCUGCAAGCCCUGGCAGCCACUGGUGGUCAGCUUCCCAUUUCCAGUCUUGAGGGGGGAAGCCAGGUGCUGCUGGGGGGCACAGGAGGCGCGGGAGGGGGCCUGGCGUCCUCUCUUUUCCUCAACCACUCCGCCCUCCUGCCCAUGACGCCGGGCGCCGGCGGGCGAUUGGUCGGCUCGGCCGCGGCCAAAGCCGCCCAGGCCCCGUCACUUCCUGCCGCCUGCAGCAUGAGCCCCGGCUCCUGCUCCCCCUCUUCCUGUCUGAGCCCCGCCUCUUCCUGCUCCUUCAGCGACCCGGCGCUCAGCCCGCCCGCUCUGGAAGGGCCCAAGAGCGAGUGACACG